AUGAGACGGGGAGAUGCUGCGGAGACGGUAAAGGUUGUUGAUGGUUUAUGCGACGACAUGUCGGUGGAGUUCCAAUCAUGCGCGAAGAAGAAGGCUGGCACCGAUGUUGAUCGAGGUGCAGUAUUCUCUGCUGUUGCCUUGGAGUGUCGCCCUAAGACCCACCGGUCCUCCUCCCCUCUGGGGAGCUCGCUGGCCAGCACCGCACAGGACCCACCGGCCUCCUCCCCCCUGGGGAGCUCGCUGGCCAGCACCGCACAGGACCCACCGGGCCUCCUCCCCCCUGGUGAGCUCGCUGGCCAGCACCGCACAGGACCCACCGGUCCUCCUCCCCCCUGGGGAGCUCGCUGGCCAGCACCGCACAGGACCCACCGGGCCUCCUCCCCCCUGGUGAGCUCGCUGGCCAGCACCGCACAGGACCCACUGGUCCUCCUCCCCCCUGGGGAGCUCGCUGGCCAGCACCGCACAGGACCCACCGGUCCUCCUCCCCCCUGGGGAGCUCGCUGGCCAGCACCGCACAGGACCCACCGGUCCUCCUCCCCCCUGGGGAGCUCACUGGCCAGCACCGCACAGGACCCACCGAUCCGUUUCCGGCUGGCGCGAGGCCCCCGGUCCCAAUCUCCCACGGGAGCGCAUGGGUUGUGCCAAAUGUUUUGCCCAGUCUUUCUUCGCCGGUAG